GAAACCAUUCACUUAUUCCGAUCUCGUACUUUCGCUUGGCAUGGAUAAUGACCCGCGGUAGAAAGUGGCGCAUAUUUCAAGAACGACGGUUUAGAGUUUAAUGUGGCGUUAUAAGAAGAAAACAGUGCUUUUUUAUCACAUGGAUUGGUGAAAGCAACAGGCUUAGAAAACUAUACCACUAUAACAAAUCGUAUUUAAAAUAUUUUAAAAUAUUGAUAUUAUGUUUAGAACAAAUAAUUCCAAGAUGCCGUUAUUUAAAAAAUCUAUCAAGCUUCUAAAAUUUCUGGUUCGGAAUCGGUCAGAAGAAGCUGUUGUGUGCCCAGAGAUAGAAAAGCUCACGAAUCCAGUGUCAAUUAAAUCGCAAGGUCUGAAGCCUUACUCAGAUAUCCCAGGUCCUCGGCCCAUACCUAUUCUGGGAAAUACCUGGAGGCUUUUACCGGUGAUUGGGCAGUAUGAUAUUUCCGACGUCGCCAAAUUAUCUACUUUGUUCUAUCAGGAAUACGGAAAAAUCGUUAAGCUAUCUGGUUUAGUGGGUAGACCCGAUUUGCUUUUCGUCUACGAUGCUGAUGAAAUCGAAAAAGUGUAUAGGCGGGAAGGACCGACUCCGUUUAGGCCUUCUAUGCCCUGUCUAGUAAAAUAUAAGAGCGAAGUGAGGAAGGACUUCUUUGGUAGAGAAGGAGGAGUGGUUGGAGUCCACGGGGAGCCAUGGAAAACGUUCCGGACGAAGGUUCAAAAACCCAUCUUACAACUUCAUACAGUGAGGAAAUACGUUGAGCCUAUUGAAGCAGUCACCAACGAUUUCAUACAAAGAAUGACCGAAAUGCAGGACGACAAUGGCGAAAUGCCUGAUGAUUUCGAUAAUGAAAUUCACAAAUGGGCCCUUGAAUUUAUUGGCAACGGUAGAACUCUUCAGGAAGACAUGGUUUUACUAGGAUACAAAGUUCCAAAGGGCGUCCAAGUAGUCUUUCCCACGUUAGUGACAGGAAGCAUAUCCGAGUAUGUUUCAGAGCCAGAGAGCUUUAUGCCCGAAAGGUGGAUGAAAUUUGAAAGCUCUAGUAAAAUACAUCCUUUCGCGUCUUUGCCUUACGGAUACGGAGCCAGAAUGUGUCUUGGCAGACGAUUUGCUGACUUGGAAAUACAAGUUUUAUUAGCCAAAUUGAUCAGAACAUACAGAUUAGAUUAUUUCCACGAGCCUCUUGAAUAUAAAGUAACAUUCAUGUACGCUCCUGAUGGUGCAUUGAAAUUUAAAAUAACCGAAAGAUCAGAUGAUUGAGAUAUGAUGUAAGUAUACCAACUUGAAUUCAAAUUCAAUGUCUUAAAAUAUAAUUUAUAUUACUCUU